AUGAUCCGCCGCAUUCUCAACAUACUAAAAGACAGUGGAAUCGACCACAAGGGAGAGUCGCUUCUCAUUUCAUGGCCCUACGGCCGUGAUGUGUAUCAGUGCCUUGAGAUCAACCUCAGCCAGCAGGAAUCGUACUGGGCGCGAAUUCUUGCCGACUCGGAGGACUGCGCGACAUUUGCCUAUGCCUCGCCGCACUGCCUCGAGACGGAGGAAUAUCGGUGCCGAAAAGCCGAGUUGUCUUGCUCUUGGCGCAGCACUAUUCUCCUGCUUGAGACGGCCGUCACGAUUUCCGUCGGCCAUGAGGGUGUGGCACCUCAGCCGGCGGUCGGCAAGCUCGUGCACCAAGGCCGAUAUUACUUCAAGUCCUUUGGCUCUGUGCACAUGGUAAAGGCCGAGCAGCCGGAUCCAACGGCUGUUGCGAAGCUUGUGCGGAAGAAGAAUCUCGUCCCCGACAAGAUGAAGCAUAGACUGUAUGGGAGGACGCAACUUACGAAACGCAUACGGGAGCGCAGCAGAAUGCAAGACGUAGGAGAAAGUGUAGCAUGGCUCACAUCUAGCAUAUGA